AUGAAUCCUACAUUUUCAAACAGAGGUACAGAAAUUCUACUACCUUUCCGUCAAGGUCACGUUUGUGUUAUCGCUCACCCAAUUUUAAACUUGAAUGCACAUAAUUAUCACUGUUCGUUGGCUGUUAAUCGUUUGAGACAAAUUUGGAAUAAAACUUAUACUGAUGCUUGUACUGGUAUAAAACUACACACAAUAGAGAAUGUUCCUGUUACGUAUAAAGCUGUUGACCAAUGCGUUAAUUCUAUCUGGAAAGAAAACCCUGAUUUAGUGAUACAUGUCGGUAUGGACGCCAGUGUGACGAUGCCAAUUUUGGAAACUCUGUCAUAUAAUAGUGGUUACGAUAAACCAGAUAUGGAUGGCGCUUAUUGUGGAAAUAAUGGUUGUGUUAAUAUUCAUGGUGAACCAAUCCUUUAUUGUAACAUGAAUUUGAGUAAAGCAUACAGUAAACUAGUGGAUAAUCAUAUCGCUUGUUCAAUUUCAAAUGAUCCAGGCAGGUUUUUAUGUGGCUAUAUAUACUACAAAUCACUGGAAUAUUCACCUGAUCGAGUUGUUUUCAUACAUGUCCCAUGUGCAGCUAGAAUGUCUGUUGAAGAUACUGCUAUUUCACUUCUACAGAUAAUUCGUGAACUAACUGCUUUAAAAGGAGUUAUAAUUCCUUAUACAUUGA